CCCUAACGUGGUCUAUAAGAUCUAUCGGACCGUCCCUGUAAGCUUCGACUUCGUUUUACGGUUGUUUCCACACUAGGCGUCGCCGUUCCCCCUCAGUCUUGCUGUAUUAAAAGAUGGCUCCUCCUCGAGGUCGUGGCGGCGGCGGCGGCGGCAGGGGCAGAGGUGAUGGCGGUCGUGGAGGCAGAGGAGGAGGGAGAGGCUUUGGAGGAAGAGGAGCAGAUAUGAAAGCUCGUGGUGGUGGACGUGGAGGCAGGGGCGGUCGAGGAGCGGGUAGAGGUGGUGGUCGUGGAGGUAGGGGUGGAAUGAAAGGUGGGAGCAAGGUGGUCAUUGAGCCACAUCGUCAUGAAGGAAUUUUCAUUGCCAAGGGUAAAGAAGAUGCCCUUGUUACGAAGAACUUAGUCCCUGGUGAAGCUGUUUAUAACGAGAAAAGAAUUACCGUUCAGAAUGAGGAUGGUUCAAAAGUUGAGUAUCGUGUGUGGAACCCUUUCCGUUCCAAGUUGGCCGCUGCUAUUCUUGGUGGAGUUGACAACAUUUGGAUUAAACCUGGAGCCCGUGUUCUUUACCUGGGAGCUGCUUCUGGGACUACUGUCUCCCAUGUUUCUGACAUUGUUGGCCCAACUGGAGUGGUCUAUGCAGUAGAGUUUUCUCACCGGAGUGGAAGAGACCUUGUCAACAUGGCUAAGAAGCGUACUAAUGUUAUACCCAUUAUUGAAGAUGCCAGACAUCCUGCCAAAUACAGAAUGUUAGUUGGCAUGGUAGAUGUCAUAUUUUCUGACGUUGCUCAGCCGGAUCAGGCUAGGAUUCUAGGGCUGAAUGCUUCAUAUUAUCUGAAAACAGGAGGCCAUUUUGUUAUUUCAAUCAAGGCCAACUGCAUAGACUCGACAGUGCCAGCAACAGCAGUGUUUGCGAGUGAGGUGAACAAGCUGAGGGCUGAUCAAUUUAAGCCGAGCGAGCAAGUGACUCUGGAGCCAUACGAACGAGACCAUGCUUGCGUGGUCGGUACUUACAGAGUGGCCAAGAAGAAGAAAGAUGCCGAGUAGAUCGCUUAAUAUUGCUCCACAACUAAUGUGGAAUGUGGACGUCAAUCCCUUGGCGAGUAAUUUCUUUUAAUUUUCUCUUCCUUGAGGGAGAAUGUAACGGGUCUUAUUUGACUUUCGUUUUUGUGUCGUCGUCUUGUUUUGACGAAUAUACUUGACGCCUGCUUGUACUCGAAAUGUUUAUUUGUGAUGCUUUAGUGGAAAUUAGUACCCUGAUCAA